UGAAAGUGAUAAUGAAGAAAUAGAAGACUCAGAUAGUUCAACAAGUGAAGAAGAUGAAAUUCCAUCUGGUGGUUCACGUCGACAUUGGCAAUAUGCUCAUCGCCAAUUUAGACAAAAAAUGCG